AUGGUGACUUAUGCUGGUAAAUUGGUAUUGGCCCCAAUGGUAAGGGCUGGAGAACUGCCUACAAGACUUUUGGCACUCAAGUACGGUGCCGAUCUUGUUUGGUCACCUGAAAUUGUUGAUAAAAAGCUUAUCCAGUGCUCAAGACAGGUGAACGAUGCUCUGAAGACAAUCGACUUUGUGGUGGCUCCAGCGCAAGAGGGAAAACCUACUAGUGUGGUAUUCAGGACAUAUCCCGAUGUAGAAAAGGGCAAGUUGAUAUUUCAGUUAGGGACUUCAGCUCCAUCUCUCGCAGUAGAGGCAGCUUUAAAGGUGAUUCAAGACGUGGACGGGAUCGAUGUGAACGCUGGUUGUCCCAAACAUUUUUCGAUUCACUCUGGAAUGGGUGCUGCUUUAUUGAAGACUCCAGAAAAACUCUGCUCAAUCCUCGUUUCUUUGGUUGAGGAGGUGGGAAAACCACAUAACAAGCCCAUUAGUGUCAAGAUUCGCAUUUUGGACAAUGAGGAAUCAACUCUCAGCCUUGUUAGAAAGCUCUGUGCAACUGGAAUUGCAAACCUUACAGUUCAUUGUAGAACUACUCCAAUGAGAAACAGACAAGCGCCAAUCAGGGACUACCUACCGCAAAUACAUCGCAUUUGCAAAGAAAACCAUGUUAGUCUGAUUAUGAAUGGCGCGAUUCAAAAUCGAAGUCACUUUCUCAAAGUACGUGAAGAACUAGGGUUGGCCGAAGAUGUGGGCGGAAUGAUGGCAGACUGUGCCGAGAUGAAUCCCACAGUCUUCCACCCGACGCCGUUGCCCUGGUAUGAAGCAAUUAGGUGCUAUCUUGAAAUAGCGCGCAAGUUCAAUCACAAUGUUAGUAAUGUGAAGUAUAUGAUCACUCGGAUAGUUCCUGGAAAGUCGAAAUUCUAUCAGUACUUCACAAGAUGCAAAACAAUGGAUGAAAUCACAUAUGUAGCCAAUCAAAUGGAUGAAACAGGUCUUCCACUGAGUGAUCCCAGUAGCUACCUAGAAGAAAAAAGGCAAAAUGAGAAAAAUGAAAAAAAAAGGGCUAAUGAUAUGAAGUCACAACGGACACAGCAAACUAAAAAGCAUAAUGUCAAGGAGAAGUUGAAGAAAAAGUUAGAUACUGACCAAAAAAGACAGCAUGAACAGGCAUGGGAAUCUAUUGAAACAAAAAAAAUCAGGACUGAAUGA